AAACAACAACAUAAUUUUCCCGUGGAAUUCAAAAGAGGAAUUUGAAAGUGAAAGAACAGAAGCCAUUUUGAUGAAGCUAUUGUAAACUGUUUUACAAAGCCAUUCUGCUGCAUUUCUCUCCGUGCUGUGAUCACACAAACCUGAGCAUAAUUAAGUAUAAAUACUAGUCUAUUCGGACCGACAACCGAGACAGAGCAACCAAAGUUAUGGAGCAAUAUGUCAACCAGCCGCUAGUCACUCGUGAUCUUCGGAUUCUGCUGAUUGGUAAAACUGGUUCAGGAGUGAGCGCUUCUGGAAACACUAUCCUGGGAGAAAAUGUGUUUCCAUCCAGGCGGAGCCUGACCUCCAUCACUAACAGAUGCCAAACCCACACUGCUGAAGUGUCAAACAGAAGAGUUACUGUACUGGACACUCCAAACUUCUUUAAUUCAUCUGACAUUGAUCUGAGUGUGGAGCUGAAGAGAGGGCUGAACAUGUGUUCUCCGGGAAUCCAUGUGAUCCUUCUGGUUCUCCCUUUACACACUUUCACUCAGCAAGAUGUGGAUACCCUGUUCUUAUUCAAGCAUAUGUUUGGAGACAAGACCAUGAAACAUACAUUUGUCCUCUUCACACAUGGAGACGAGCUUCACAGUGAAUCACCCGUACAACUAAUUAGAGAAAACUUAGAGCUGUCCAAGCUAACAGAGGAGUGUGGAGGGAGAUUUCACCUGCUGAACAACAAAGAUCUCAACAACAGAGAUCAGGUCACCAAACUCCUGAUGAAGAUCGAACAAAUGAUGUCUGACAAUGAGAACAGCUGCUACACUUUACAGAUGUUUAAAGAUCAGUCGCUCAAAGUAUUUCUGCUGAGAUUUAUGAAGCCCAAAUAUCUGUAUGCAGUCAGUGUUGUCAUUGUGUUUACAUUGAUUUAUGUUAACAUUGGGGCAUGAGAUUAAGAGAUCUCACUCUGCCUUUCAGUGUUCUCUUGUGUUUAUUAGGGAGUCACUUUAAUUAUAAUUAGUCACCAUAAUGGGUCGGUCUAUAUCCCUUUAGCUGCCUCA